AUGGCUAGCGCUCAAGCUGCUGUUUCACCAGUUGCUCAACCAUCAAGGCCAAAAUCAGUUUCAAGGCCAAAGAGAUGGAGUGAAGAAGUUGAGGAAGGUAACAUACAUGUCUAUAUAUUUAAAUUCGAAUGUUGCCGAUUUGACACCAGUUGUAAUAAAUACUUAUCCCUGUUUUUCUGGUUCACCAGCUUACCGAUUUCAGAUCGCUGGUUAUAGAGAUGUUCAUGAAUAUCGCGAUGUCAAACAAAAAGAACCCGUAAGUGAUUAUAAAUAUAUCUUUCCUUAUCAUUAGAGGGGCGAAAAGUGCUUGUUUCCCAGUUUUAUAGGGAACUUUCUGUCUGACCAGCCCUUGGGUUCCUCCCUAACUGCUUAAAAUACUUUCUAGAAGGUGUUUUUGGGGCACUGGUAGAAAAUUAGGCAUGAAAAAAUAUUAAGUUAACAAAAAUUUUCUUCGCUAUUAAUGAUUCAAACACGGUGUCAAGUGACAGAUGACACUUGUACUCAGAAAAUAAAUUAAGAAAACUAGCAAAGACAUUAGUCAAAAAGGAGGAGUUCUUAUCCCAAAACAGGGAACUUGCACCAUUACCAAACUACUAACUUCGAAAGACAGUUUGGAUUUCAGUGUAGGUUUACAGUUUCUGGAAAGGACAAAGUAGAAAUCAUAAUGAGAAUGAUUUUGAUAAUGAUGAUGAUGAUGAUAGUAAUAAUAACACACCAAAAACCUAUGUUGAAGUUAGUAAUAAUAUGUAAGGGGUGACAGUGCACAUGACUAUAAAAUCAUAGGCUCCUCGAACACCACAGAGGCUCAAGAUCAGUCCCUGUACAUUUUCAGAUUUUGCCAAAAUAUUUUGUGAUUGGAGUUAAGUCUCACGGAUUUUUUGAUUUAAUGAAAGUUUUCUUCCUUUGGCCUUUUGUCAUGUGCACUUGAUGUUACCCAAAAUAUUCUUGAUGUACAUUUCUGAUUGUAACUUAAUGAAUAGUAGUAUUCAGCAUUUUCAUUGAUUAAAAAUUUAAUACAGCAACUGAUUAUGCUUCAGGACCAGUGUGCAUUACUUCCCUGAGAAAGUACUAAAUAUUUAUGUCUUUUCUUAGGACCGCUGGCCCCACAAUGGAUAUGUGAAGAAACUUCAGAGGAAAGAUGGGUGUUUCAUUUACUUUGAUAGACAAAGAGAAUGUCUUGACAAAGAUGUCUAUAAAUGCAAGUUAUAUGGAUACUAGAAACAAAGGAAAAAUCUUGAGUAAAUUCAUCACUUGAUAGAUAUCACCAUAUGCUACAAGAAUAUUCAUGGACAAUAAUAUAAUUGUCAGCAAUUAAUUAUUGCUAUUUGAUUGAGGAAGCAGAAUGGAUGUGGUAGAUUCUAAGUAUCUACUGGUCAAGUCUUGGCAAUUCAUUUGUUGCAAGCUGUAUUGUGUAUAGUGGAAAUUGUUAUGAAAUUAUUUAAGUUAAUGUUUCAAAUUCAUAUGUUCAUGUAUCGUAAUCUGUAUAUAAUUUGACUGAUGUGUGGUACCAUUGACUGUAAUUGCAUGAGCUUC